AGCGUAGACCUGGAUGACCACCACAAACCUGAGUUUAGAAGAGUUUUUAGUUCUCCCAUCAUUGAAAAUGGGCAUCAGUCUUCAUCAGGUCAGGCAAAAGUCUCCCAUGAACUGACCUCUUCUCACACGUCGGACUCUUCCCCUGAAGCCCAUGCUCCUGCAGUCACCUUACAGAUGCCCCACCUUCCCGUUACUGCAGUAACCAGGAUCUCAGAGAAGUUUUCAGGGGAGACCACCAGUUAAGCAGGAACAACCAAUGCGUCCGCUGGCCUGCUGGGACAGAGCAAGAGCAAAAAUGCGAUGGGAGUGAAAACUUCCAGCCAGUCAGAGAAUACCACUUCUGUCACUAAGUCUGUCUCAACUGUGAGCUAUGGGACAAGUAGUGGAACGAAAACUGGUGAAAGUGCCACUGAGAGUCGCUGUGAUGUGACCCCCAGCUCUCACUCCUCUCCUCCCACUGCACAUCGCCAGGUUGAAAGACGACGCGAACUGGUGCGGUCUCAGACGCUCCCACGGACUACAGGAACACAGGCCAGGAAAGCACUUUUUGAGAAAUUUGAACAGGAUGGUGGAAAAGGAAAAGGACAAUCCAGAGCUAAACUGAAGAGGUCGCAGAGUUUUGCGGUUGCCAGCGCUAGCAGCAUUAAACAAAUUCUGCUAGACUGGUGUCGUUCAAAAACCAUAGGAUACAAGCACAUUGAUCUCCAGAAUUUCUCCUCAAGCUGGAAUGAUGGGAUGGCAUUCUGUGCUCUUGUGCAUUCUUUCUUUCCUGAAGCUUUUGAUUAUAAUAAGCUUGAUCCAGCUAAUCGCAAGCAGAACUUUGAGCUGGCUUUCACCAUGGCUGAGAAAAUGGCUCACUGCGAUCGUUUGAUAGAAGUGGAUGACAUGAUGAUGAUGGGUCACAGGCCAGAUCCCAUGUGUGUCUUCACCUAUGUCCAGUCUCUGUACAAUCAUCUACGACGCUUUGAGUGAAACCAUCAACACCUCUCCAGCCAGAAGGGUCAAGUACAGUAUGCUAAUGGGAAGCGUGAUGUUUUUGCAAAUGAACAGAGUGUUAUUUCUUGC